AUGGAAAACAUGGCUUUUAACAUGAUGAAAGCGUCGGAGAAUAAAGUAAACAAAAAUAUGGAUAAUAUUGAUGACUCGGAAAACAAUGCGAAGGUCUCCGAUUCGGCUUACUCUAACAGUUGCAGUAACAGUCAGGCAAGAAGCCGAAGCUCACAGUCGACGCAUUCAGGAAGUCAUUCCAGCGGUAGUAGUGGAUAUGGAGGAAAACCCUCCACUUCAGGAUACAGUAGCAAUAACGUAAGCCAACCUCCAGAUAUACGUUGUAAGAUAAAGAAAAAGAAGAAGCAACUAGAAAUUGAUACUGUAGCGAUUCAAGAAGAAAAGCAGACGGUGCCAGAUCCAGAACCUGAAAUUAAACCAAUUGAAGAACAAAGUAAUGAUGAUGAUGCUAGCUCACCUGGCGUGCAGCAAAAUGACGUAUCGCAAGUUGAAAUUAAUGACCAAUCGACUAUAGACAGAAGUAGUUCAAAGGAUAAGACAACUUUGUGCAAUAUCCCGAUACAAUCACCAAUAAAGACAUUGUUGGCCAAUAGUGAUGGGUUUUCGUGUGUGAUAUCUAUGCAAGACGGAGUAGUUAUGUACACAACAAGUUCCCUCACAAACACAUUGGGUUACCCAAGGGAAAUGUGGAUCGGACGGUCCUUCAUUGACUUCGUACAUCCUAGGGACCGAAACACCUUCGCAUCGCAAAUAACGAACGGUGUUGCUAUCCCAAAAAUUGUACAUCGUACUCAUCACAAAGAUAAUAUAAAACUUUCGUUUUCGACAAGUAGCACACUUUCCACUAUGGUGUGUCGACUUCGCCAAUACCGUGGGCUGGGAGUUGGAUUCGGUGUAAAGGCUGGAAUUGUUUCUUUUAUGCCGUUCUUACUUAAACUAUCCUUUAAAAAUAUAAGUGAUGAGGAAGGCGAGGUUAUAUAUUUACUUGUGCAGGCAACUCCGUUCUUUCCAGCUUUUAAAGUUCCAAACGAAAUUAUACCGAAACCUGUCCCGUUCGUUAUAAGGCACGCGGCAAAUGGUGAUAUUAAGUACAUAGAUCCUGAAUCUGUUCCGUACCUGGGAUAUUCACCUCAAGAUAUAUUAAAUAUGGAUGCACUUCAUCUAUACCAUCCACACGAUCUUGCAUAUUUAAGACAAGUGUACGAAACUAUAGUUAAGGAGGGUGGUGUGCUGAAAUCUAAACCAUACAGAAUGAUGACCCAAAAUGGUGACUAUGUUAAACUUGAGACCGAGUGGUCGUCAUUUAUAAACCCAUGGUCUAGAAAAUUGGAAUUCGUUAUUGGAAAACAUUCGCUGAUUGAAGGCCCAACUAAUCCUGAUGUAUUUCAAUGUGUUGAAAAGCCUAUGAAAAUCUCUGAAGAUGAUAAGACCAAAGCACAAGCCAUAAGAGAAAGCAUAGUUAGGGUCAUGAAUAAGAUAUUAACAAAGCCAGCGGAAGCAGCAAAGCAACAGAUGACCAAACGUUGCCAAGAUUUAGCCUCGUUCAUGGAGAGUCUAAUAGACGAAGCCCCAACGAACGACGAAGACAUCUGGGUUGACAUUAAGGAGCCUGAUAGCGCCUUUUAUGAGCGUGAUUCCGUAAUGCUUGGCGGAAUUUCUCCUCAUCGCGAUUAUCAAGAUAGCAAGUCUAGUACUGAAACACAAAUAAGUUACAAGCAACUUAAUUACAGCCACACAUUACAACGGUACUUUGAAAGCUAUUUACCUUACUCAGAAUAUGGAAAUUUAGAUUCUGGAGCGGACCAGUCGACGUCUGAAAGAAAGUCUAACUCUGUCGGGCAAUUUUCGCCACGGGAUCUGGUCGAUUCUGGUGAUAUGACCAGUUCGUGCGAUUCGAGUGCAGCCCAUUUGUCAAAUACUACUUCUGUCACCCUGGGGAACUACACAUCUAUCAGAUUGACAGAGACUGCUUUAAACAAGCAUAACUCGAUUAUGGAAAAAGAGUUAAUGAAGAUUCAUAGAGAGAUCAAGUUAAUACACAAAGAUGAAAGAAAAAAGUCUUCGAAGGAAUCCAGGCUCAAGAAGAAGGAACAUCUUGCGCGUUGUAAUGCAUCUUUCUUCUCCACUUCUGCUAGGAUAUCCACUGUUGAAUCCGAGUCUAUUGGCCUGAAGCGUUCGUCCAAGCAAUCAGAAAAUGCUAACAUCAAGCAGCGGUGUGCUACGGUGAAGUUGCCAAGACGGCACGAAAAUACGGACGACGUUCGGCCUUCAACCUCGCAAAACAAUACCACUAUAUCUCCUCCAACGAUCCCCGCUGUGAACAACAUGGAUACAUUCUUCCUUGGUAUUCCUCAACAGAUGUCUUUACCUGCAGUUACAGGUAUGGUUCCCGUUUGCUACGUGCCUGCAACGCAACAGCAAAUGACAGGGGACGGAACGACAAACAAACCUAAUCAAAACACCGUCAAUCAGGCAUAUGCUAUGCCUUGUGUAAUGUAUGGUCAGCCGAUUUAUAGUACCCCGUUAAUGUAUUCGGCGGUAAACCCACAAAUGCAACAGAUGCAGAACAUGCAACAGAUUCAGCAUAUGCAACACAUGCAGCACAUGCAUCAAAUGCAACAAAUGCAACAGAUGCAGCAAGAUUAUAUGGCACAAAACUUUGAUACAGCGACAAUGCAUUCCCUUAGACUGCCAAGCACCACUUAUCAGGAGGCUUGUAAACUCACUUUUCCAACGGAGAGCAAGUCGAAAGCAGCAGUAUUGAAAGAGCAACGGGAAGGACCACUGAUUAAAUCAAAGAAAGAAGGAAGUGGCGCCAGUCGUUCAUCAGCCGCUGUUUCCCUGCUGAGUACAAAAACAAACGAAAGCAAAAUAAAGACAAGAGUGACAAACAGUGAAGAUACAAUUGACAAAACUGAUGAGGAGUCAAGCUAUUCUUCGUUCUAUUCCAACUUCUUUAAGAGCGAAUCGGGAAGUGCAGAAGACAAUAUUGUUAAAAAGCUUUGGACAGGCGCAUCCAGUUCAUUUGAUAAUAUAAAAGGUGCUUCUAAGACGCCUAGACGAAAGAUGGACCCUCCCUGGAUAGAGAAAGUGUGUGUGACGUCUGAACUUAUUUACCAAUACCAAAUGCUACCUAAAAAUAUCAGUGAAGUGCUGUCACGUGACCAAGAGCUAUUGCAAACUAUAGAACAGCCUUCAUUAGUGAACGACCAAUUGGGGCAGUUAUAUAUGGAUCUUCAGCUUGAGGGUGUUGCGACAAGGCUGACUUUAGAGGAAGGCAUUACGAGUUCCAGCAGCUCUGGCGAAGAAAACUUCGUUCGGAAGACUAAAGUACAGGUGCGCCGACGUAAACGUGAAUAUAGCAAGCUGGUCAUGAUAUACGAAGAGGAUGCACCUCUUCCAUCUCCAGAUGAAGCAGCGAGUCCCUCAUCGUAA